ACUGAGGAUACUUGUGUUAAUUGCUUGUUUUGUAUUAGAGAUUUUAUUACAAGCGGGAAAAUUUACUAGUGUUUUAGUAGAAAAAUUUCUGAUAGCAUGCAUCACCCUCGAGAAAAUAAUUUAUCUCGAAUUCAAUGAUAACGUUACUCAGAAACAAGAAAUCAGUGUUUAUUUAAAAAAUGAUGGAAAACACAUACACUUUCUCAUGAAAUGUCUUGUAGUUACUGUUGGCUGUGUGGCUGCCAUAGAAACUUUUGAGGCAUCAGUACAAAAUUUUCGGAAGCAUUCACACACAAAAGACGACGUAAACAUAUCACUUAAUAAUGACGGAAAGUUGUCAAAGUUGCCUUUUCUCAGAGAGUUUGCAAGCACACCGAUACAGAGAUGCUGGACUUUACCCUUUUCACUUGGAGAAUAUCUUAACAAAGCAGAAAAUGGCAAUAAAGUAGAAUUCAUGAAUUAUGAAUGGGGAAGAUACGAAUCAUUUAAAAACUUUCCGAUGGAAUCUCCAGUAACACCGAUGCGACUGGCCUCUAAUGGAUUCUACUAUACGGGCACUAAGGAUACUGUCGAAUGUUUUUCGUGCAAACUGAAAUACAGCGGUUGGAAAGAAGGCGAUGAACCAGAUGACCUUCAUAAACGUUUGUCUCCAGACUGUAAUUUUAUGAAAGGUGUUGACUCAACAAAUGUUCCAAUACAUCCAACAUCCGAAUCGAUAUCGAAUGGCUCUGAAUACCCUAUGGAAGGAGCUAUUGGCGGUGCGAAUUACACAACAGAAAAUUACAGAGAAAGUUAUAAUGCUGUUGUACAUGCACAACGUCAGUCUAGACAGUCACAAGCAUCCAACGAUUCUGGAUCUUUACAACGAAUUAAUCACAAAUAUCCGGAUUUUGAAAAAAGUCAAAACAGAACAGAUUCAUUCAAAAAAUGGCCAUGUCAAGAUGUGAUAGAUCCUGCGGUUCUAGUGUUCGCGGGAUUCUUUUAUGCUGGUUUCAGUGACUGUGUAAGAUGCUUUUCGUGUGGAGGCGGACUACGUAAUUGGGAGUAUGGUGAUGGUCCAUGGGAAGAACAUGCAAGAUGGUUUCCAGGGUGUAAAUUUCUAAGGCAACAGAAAGGACUCGAGUUCAUUAGACAGUAUCAAGAGACACGCACUGAUUCUGAGGACGAAUUACCGACAGAAGCGAUCGUUUCUGGAGAUGAGGCCUUACGAACCCUUAGAGGCAACAGAAGUUUUCAUGAAACGGGUAAUAAUACUAUUGGGGCCAAAAUAUGUGAAAACGAAACUGAAGUAGAAAGAACGAUUGCAUACGGAGUCAAAGAUAAGCUAAAUGAAAUGGGUAUUUCAUAUUCUUUCGACCACGUAAGAAAAGCGAUUCAUCGGUUAAAGUUAAAUGGUGAUCAAAUUUUGAUAGAAUCAGUUAUUAUACAUCUAAUUGACAACCCUGAAGAAGUCGAAAGGGAUAAUUUGGGAGAGAAGAACAUAUCAGAAGAAGGGUCUAUUUUUAUCGACAACAUCCGUAUUAACAACGAAACUGAAAACAAAGUGAAACAUAAUGCAAAAUCUAGCAGAACUAUUGCAUCCGAUCUUACUCCUGCAGAUUCUGAUACGUUACAAGAAGAAAACACAAAGUUGAAAAAACAACUAUUGUGCAAAAUCUGCAUGGACAGUGAUUCAAAUGUGGUGUUUAUACCAUGCGGACACAUGGUUUCAUGCGAGAAAUGUGCUCCACAUAUCCGGAAGUGUGCAGUUUGCAGGGUUCCUAUAAAAGGGCGCGUAAAGGCAUUCAUGUCUUGACUUAUUGAAAGGAAAGAAACUUCCAUUUCUACUCUGGUCAUGUAAACCAUUAAAAUCCUUAGACAAUUAACCUUCCAUACUGAUUUGCCCUCUGCAUGUUACUGACAACUUCUCUACGUUACUGCAAUGUGAAGAAUUAAUGACAUCGAACGUGUUUUCUACCAAAUUAUAACAGAGAACACAAGCCAAGUCCGGGUAUCGAACUCGCAAAAUCUUUAGUCGAAGUCUCGUUGUCAAUUUACUGAGCAAAUUCGGAGGUAGCUGUUAAAUCAGUUACAUUUGCAUUGCCGCCUUCAUAUGUUUAUUUUUUUUAUAUAUAUGCAAUAUUUUCGUAUAGAUUUUCAUUGGUUAAGUGACGAAGGGCUCUCCUUGUCGUGCCCGAAGGCUAGCUCGACCCUUCUGCCAAAUAUUUAUAUUUUACUGGUAGAUGUGGGUUCUUUGGGUGCUACACACCUGGGAUCACUUGUUUGUCCCAGUGAACAAAUAUUGAAACUGAAACAAAGCAAUAAUUAUCUUAGAUAAUAUAUUUAUUAUUCUUAUGUAAACUCUCUAUAUAUGCAUUUACAUCAAGAAGGCAAGUGCAGUGAAGCAUUUACCAUUUAUACAAUACAUUGAAUUCCAAUUAUACAUGUACACUUGAUGUCCUAACAAUAUUACAUGAAAUACUAAUUUUAGAACAAUUUACAUCAAAGUCAUAAAAACUAAUACACUUAUAAAUAAGCUCUGUAACUAAAGAAGUAAAAGUACUAACCUGAAACAAAGCAAUAAUUAUCUUAGAUAAUAUAUUUAUUAUUCUUAUGUAAACUCUCUAUA